UUAAAUAUUUGUGUAUAUAUUUACUUGAGGUGCACUGCCACUAAUUUGAAAUCCAAAAUGGAUUACAUUAGUAAAUUGCCUGACUGCAUCUUGUCUUACAUCUUGACAAUGUUAUCCAUGAAAGAUUUGUUGAAGACAACUAUACUCUCUAAAAGAUGGUGCAAGCUUUGGGGUUUAAGGAGAGAUCUCUACUUUGAUGUCUUCAAUGUGUUUGGAACCCAAAAUCAACUACUACAUAUCAUCGAUAUGGAUAUGAGCAGAGAUGAAUUUGUAACACGAGUUCAUCAAUUUCUCAAUAACUUUCAUGGCACAAAGAUCGAUUCUUUCUUGGUCAAUUUCUUUUUAAAACGUGAACAAAGCAGCACUAUUAAUCAAUGGUUAAGUUUUGCAAUUGCAAGGGGAGUUCAAAGAAUCGAUCUACUCUUGCUAGGAUUGCCUUAUGGAAAUGACAAUACUCGAUGCAAACUUUAUAAAUUUGACUUUGCUUUAUUUGCAUAUACUAAUGCUUCAACCCUAUAUCAUCUAUCUCUUCAACAUUGUGUUGUCUUCCAUCCAAUCAACUCUGAUUUUAUUCUUCCAUUCAAAUGUUUGAGAUAUCUUUCACUUCGAAGUGCAAAAGUCGAUAAAAUGUUCAUUGAAUGUCUAUUAUCUAAUUGUCUUUUGCUUGAAGAGUUUUACUUAUUAUAUUGUGUGCUCAAAUCAUUAAAGCUUAAGAUAGUAAGUUCAUCCUUACGUCAUCUCAAGGUUAUAGGGUGCUAUACUGUAUCCCACAUUAUUCUAGGUAUUCAAGAUGUCAAGAAACAAGAUGAUGUAAAAUUGAUUUUACUGGAUUGUCCUAAACUCACUUCACUGGCGUAUGAUGCACAUGAUUUGGAUACAAUGAAAAUUAAUACCCCUAUGCUGAAUAGCAUUCAAUUCUCCAUUUCAUUUAAGAGAGAUCUUAAUGCAUUUGUGGCUAUCUGUGCAACUUUUACUCAACUUGAGAUUAUGCAUCUUACCACAUUAGCCAUGGUCACGACUUCCCUACCAAUAACUCAACCACUCAAACAUCUUAAGGAGUUGAACCUCGACGUUUCGGUGCCUUCGUACAUCUUAAAUGAUGAGGAGUAUGAUCCAUUGUGGAUUUUAAACAUCCUUCAAGCUUCUCCUCUUUUGCAUAAACUUUCAGUCAUGUUUGUAUAUCAAGAGUUCUUUGAAGAUCAAAAAGAUAUUAGGGAUGUUGAAACAUUCUGUCAUGAGAACGUAAAAGUUAUUGAAUUGGGAGGAUGUGUUGGCAAUUGGUUUGAAAUUGAGUUUGUUAUGAAUGUUCUGAAAAGUGCCCACAAACUUGAGCGAAUAGUUUUGAGUCCCUAUUGGAGAGAAGAUGAGGAAUUGGAUUGGAAUUCGAAUCCUGAUUGGUUUCAAAGAGGGCGUGACAGGAUUAUCGAAAAGUUUCAAGGCGAAGAAGUAGUUGGACGAGAAAAACUUGUGCUCAUAUAAGAUCAAUUCUUUUUUUACAUGUUUUUUUUUUCCUUCUUAUAAUAAUUGAUAGAAUGCUCAUAACUUUACUAGUACUUAUGAUCAUACCAAUAAUCUAUUAAUAUGCAUUUGACUACCA